AUGCAGCCCAAAAAGAGCAUCGGGGCAAAGUUUCUGUCCCAGGAUCAGAUCAAUGAGUUCAAGGAAUGUUUUUCCCUGUAUGACAAGAAACAAAAAGGCAAGAUCAAAGCCUCGGACCUGCUGGCAGUGAUGCGGUGCCUGGGAGCCAGCCCAACGCCUGCAGAGGCUCAGAGACACCUGCACCUGCACCACAUCGACAGAAAUGCAGAGCUGGACUUCUCCACCUUCCUGAAUAUAAUGUACAGGCAGAUGAAGCAGGAGGAACCCGAGAGGGAGAUCCUCACAGCCCUGGCCAUGAUCGACAGGCAGAAGAGAGGCGUCAUCACUGUCUCGGAGCUCAAAGCCAAACUCACCAGACUAGGAGAAAAGCUUUCUGAGGAAGAAGUUGAUGACCUGCUAAAAGGAGCCAAAGUUGGACCGAACGGAACAAUCAAGUACGAGGAAUUUGUCCGCACCGUUUGCCUUCCUGCUGUUGACUACUGAACCCAAACCAAGGGACCCCACCAGAGCAGGACCUGAAGCUUUCUUGACUUCAGCUCUUCCCAGUUACUGCUGGGACUCGGGAAUCAUCAUUUGCCUUGAAAAAUCCUCGUCUUGCCUUCAUGGGAGCGCUCACACGCAGCUUCCCUC